AUGCAGGUAAAACUGAAGAAGACGUGUCCUAAUGAACAUGAACCAUGUUUUCAGAUGUUUGGCUUCCACAAGCCGAAGAUGUACCGGAGUCUGGACGGCUGUUGCAUUUGCCGCGCCAAGUCCUCCAGCUCCCGCUUCACUGACAGCAAGCGCUACGAGAAAGACUUCAAGAGCUGCUUUGGACUGUGUGAGACCAGAUCUGGAGAAAUUUGUAAUGCCUGCGUCCUGUUGGUCAAGCGCUGGAAAAAGCUCCCGGUCGGAACCAAAAAGAACUGGAACCACGUGGUGGACGCCAGAGGAGGCCCCAGUCUGAAGCUCACGUCACGGCCCAAGAAGAUCAAAUCCAUCUCAAAGAAAGCCCGACCCAGCCAGAUCAGCCGGCUGCAGAAGGAGCUCAAGAGGAACAACUCAGACGCUCACAGCACUACCUCCAGUGCAUCCCCUGCCCAGUCCCCCAGCUACAGUAAUCUGUCCGACGAGGGCUCGGACACCGAGCUGAGCCCGGGCUCCAGCCGCUCCCCGGUUUUCUCCUUUCUGGACCUCACAUACUGGAAGAGGCAAAAAGUGUGCUGUGGCAUCAUCUACAAGGGCCGCUUUGGGGAGGUGCUCAUUGACCCGCAUUUGUUCAAACCAUGCUGCCGCAAACAACAGCAGCAGAGGAGGCCCCAGGAGGAGGAGGAGGAGGAGGACGAGGAGGAGGAGGAUGAGGAGGAGGCGGAGUUGAGCGGAGCAGCAGAAAAAACCUCCACACACCAACCACAGGAGCAGGAGGAGCCGGAGGAGCAGGAGGAGCCUGAGGAGCCGGCGUGCGGAGAGUCUGCUACGCUCUGCGUUACCGUGACAACCUCUCCAGUCGGGGGCGUGGCUGUCGCCGGGGAAGCCUGGAGCACACGGCAGGAAGUCCCCGUGCACCAGAUUAAGGUAUAG